AUGCGUCCGGUCGCGCGCGCCCCGGCCGCGCUGGUCCUGCUGCUGCCGCUGCUGCUGGGGCCGCCGGCCGCGGGCGGUGACUGCGGCCUGCCCCCGGAGGUGCCCAACGCGCUGCCCGACCUGGAGGGACUGAGCAGUUUCCCCGAGGGAACCGGAAUCACAUACACGUGCAACCCAGGCUUUGUAAAGAUACCCGGUCGGUCGGACACUUCAUUCUGUGAACAAGGCCAGUGGUUGAAGCUGCAAGAGUUCUGCAACCGCAGCUGUGAUGCUCCAACCAGACUACUCUUCGCCUCUAUCCAAGUGCCUUACAGGACGCAGAGCUACUUUCCAGUGGGCUCCGUUGUGGAGUACGACUGCCGGCCAGGUUUCCAGAGGGUCGAAUCGCUCUCCAAAAAAAUCACUUGCUUGCCAAACUUGAAGUGGUCCAAAGCAGCUGAAUUUUGUAAACAAAAGUCAUGUCCCAACCCUGGAGAAAUCAAUAACGGUCAUGUCAUUAUAACAUCUGGCAUUCUAUAUAGUGCAUCCAUCACCUUCUCAUGCAAUCAAGGGUAA